AUGGGUGAAUCGAAACUUCCGCCACUAGCUGCCGAUGCAGUUCUCAAGCAAUCUGUAGCUGUCCCAGACUCUUUUGUGAAAGUUUCUGGUGUUGACUAUUCUGCUGACUCGGCCUACAAUGCUCGGGCCACCGACUUGAUUGAUUCGAUGAGAAACAUGGGUUUUCAAGCCAGUUCGGUAGCCACUGCCUGUGACAUCAUCAACGAAAUGGAUCUGUGGCGUGGAGAGCACCGUGACCUGUUGGAGGAACACAAACGUACUGGUGAGUUUGACUCGCAGGGUUUCCAAAAGGCCACGGUUUUCAUGGGUUUCACUUCCAACUUGAUCAGUUCCGGCUUGCGGGACACGUUGCGCUACUUGGUGCAGCACAAGAAAGUCAGUGCUAUAGUGGCAAGUGCAGGUGGUAUCGAGGAGGAUUUAAUCAAGGUGUUGGCUCCUACUUAUAUGGGUGACUUUGCCUUGCCAGGAAAAGGCUUGAGAGACCAGGGCUUGAACCGGAUUGGUAACUUGUUGGUUCCUAACGACAACUACUGCAAGUUUGAAGAAUGGAUCGUACCUAUUUUGGACCGUGUCCUUGAGGAGCAACAGAAGGCGCUCGAGGAGCUUGGCGCUGAAGCUUUGAAUGCUGACCUGCCUGCUGUGUGGACUCCGCUGCGGUUGAUCGACCGUUUGGGCCAGGAAAUCAACGACGAGCUGCUGGUUCUUUACUGGGCGCACAAGAACAAAAUUCCAAUUUUCUGUCCUGCUCUCACCGACGGAUCCAUCGGAGACAUGCUUUUCUUCCACACCUUCAAAGCGUCUCCGCAACGUCUUCGCUUGGAUAUUGUGGCCGACAUUCGCCGCAUCAACUCCAUGUCCAUGGAAGCAUCUCGUGCGGGCAUGCUUAUUUUGGGUGGUGGUUUGAUCAAGCACCACAUUUGUAACGCCUGUCUCAUGCGGAACGGUGCAGACUGGGCUGUUUACAUCAAUACUGGACAGGAGUUCGAUGGCUCAGACGCUGGCGCUCGCCCAGAUGAGGCUGUCAGUUGGGGAAAAAUCAAGGCCGAAGCCCGGUCGAUCAAGGUUUAUGCGGAUGUGACUGUUGUUUGGCCUUUGAUUGUGGCUGCAACAUUUGCGGCUAAAAGACCUGAACAGGCUGCUUGA